AUGGCUUCUUUCGAGGUUCACCAUCUUUUCCACUCCCCAAUUGCGGAUCAUUCUUUCUCCCAAGACAAGAGUACUCUGGCCGUCGCUCGAGAGAACAAUGUGGAGCUUUAUCAGGCGGCAGGCAACAAGUUCACAUUGAAGGAUGAAUUGAGAGGCCACGACAAGACCGUCACAGGUGUCGAUAUUGCUCCAAACAGUGGUCGUAUAGUCACUUGCUCACAAGACCGUAAUGCCUAUGUUUGGGAACAGACGCCCAACGGUUGGAAGCCCACACUCGUCCUCCUCCGAAUCAACCGUGCUGCGACGUAUGUUCGAUGGUCCCCCUCUGAGCAGAAAUUCGCCGUCGGUUCCGGAGCUCGUGUAAUUGCGGUUUGCUACUUCGAGGAGGAGAAUGACUGGUGGAUCUCCAAACAUCUGAAGAAGCCUAUCCGUAGUACGAUUACUACGCUUGCAUGGCACCCAAACUCGGUUCUCCUGGCCGCUGGAUCUACAGAUUCCCAUGCCAGAGUGUUCUCCAGUUACAUCAAGGGCGUUGAUGAGAGACCAGAGCCUUCGGCCUGGGGCGAGCGACUUCCGUUCAAUACCGUCUGCGGCGAGUUCUUGAAUGAUUCUGCUGGAUGGGUGCAUGGAGUUGCCUUUUCGCCCAGCGGAAAUGCUCUUGCAUUUGCCUCCCACGAUAGCAGCGUGACUGUCGUCUACCCAAGCGCCCCUGAUCAGCCACCCAAGGCCAUGCUCAAUAUAAGCACUCGACUCUUGCCUUUUAACAGCCUUAUCUGGAGUGGUGAGAACGAAAUUAUUACUGCAGGUCAUGACUGUGAAGUCUAUCGUCUCCGGGGCAAUGAGAGCGGAUGGGAAUUGGCCGGUUCGCUUGAGAACAAGCGUGGUCACGCUGGAGAUGCUCGGGAAGAGUCUGCCUUGAACAUGUUCCGUCAAAUGGAUCUUCGCGGCCAGGCCCAGAGUAACACUCAGCUUGAUACAGUUCAUCAAAACACCAUCAGCACUGUCCGUGUCUUCCAGGAGCAAGGUGGUGUUGUGAAGAAGUUCACCACGAGUGGUGUGGACGGUAGAGUUGUUGUGUGGACUAUUUAG